GUUAUACAGAAUGGGAAGAAGCCCAUCAUGCAGUUCAGAUGGUUUGAAGAAAGGAGCCUGGACUCCUGAAGAAGACCACAAGCUCAUUUCUUACGUUCAGAAACAAGGCGAAGGUGGGUGGCGUUCCCUGCCACAGAAAGCUGGUCUUGAAAGAUGUGGGAAGAGCUGUAGAUUUAGAUGGAUAAAUUAUCUAAAACCUGGAAUUAGGAGAGGAGACUUCACGCCUCACGAAGAUCAAACCAUUAUUAAACUUCAUGCUCAAUUAGGCAACAGGUGGGCAACAAUAGCCAAGCACUUUCCAGGGAGAACAGAUCACGAAAUUAAAAACCAUUGGAACGCUCAUCUCAAGAAGCACUUACCUAAAACACGUAUAGAUCCGACGACAACAAGCGGCAGAAACUCCAGGGGUAACACCGUCACUGCCGCCGGUCCCAAGAGAGACACAGAAUGUGCAAAACCACAACCAUCCGAACCCAAAACGCAACGCUCAGCUUCGGCAGUGCUACUCAAUAAGUUAGCCACUAGGGUCAACCCAUGUGUCGGCCCUCUACGACCUCCUCAAACUCUACAAUCAAUGCCAUUCCAACCCUUUUCAAGUUGUACGGUACCACCAUCAUCAGAUAAUAAUUUCAUUGAUAUGCUCACAAAACCGGAAUCUGAAAAAGCCAUUGAUGAAGGUGUUUUAAACGACAUUAUGGUUUCCGAAUUUUCUCCAUACACUUGCGUCGAUGUGCUUAAUGAUUGGCAAAACAACAACGAAAGCGUUAUAACAGGAGAAAUCCAAGUUGAUAAUCAUAGAGAUUCUACAACUGUUAACUACCAUGAAAGACUUUGGGAUGACGAUGUGAUUGAUGAUCAUAUGAGCUUUGAUACGGUGGGAUCUCUGGGAUUUUAUGACUCUGAUCACCUAUUUACUUCAAGAGAUGAUAGUCCUUGA